UAGACUCCAUUUCCCAUGAUGCUCCGCGGCGUGGCGGCAGCAGCAGCUGUGCGCUCAGACUUGCCCGCAGCAAAGUGAUGAUAACAUGCCGAACAAGGUAGAAAAGCGUAGAAUUUGACAUUCCGCCUGCUCCUUUAGACAGUGGUGCGGCAUCACUGAUGCCUAAACCUGCGGAGUAGCACGAUGGCUGCCGAAGCUGUUCAUUGUAACUUGAGCCAGAAUGGCAUCGAUCAUCAGAUGUACCCAGAAGACAUGACAGCUCAGCUGGAGGGGGAGGAGGUGUCUGUGGACGUCGAGCCCAACCAGCUGGAUGACGGCGGCCCAAGCUGCCAGGAAAUCGCCCGACACGUGUACCACCGCCGCUCCCCUCCACACCGCUCCGUCUCUGAGUCUGAGCUGACCCGGCCGGGUUACGUGAAGCUGUCCAAGCCCGUGGCUCUGUGGACCCAACAGGACGUGGUGAAAUGGCUGAAAAAGCAUUGUCCCAAUCAGUACCAGGUCUACAGCGACUCGUUCAAACAGCACGACAUCACAGGGCGAGCUCUCAUGAGACUGACAGAGAGAAAGCUGGAACGAAUGGGAGUCAUGCAAGAAGCCCAGAGGCAGCACAUCCUGCAGCAGGUCCUGCAGCUUCGUGUCCGAGAGGAAGUCAGGACUCUACAGCUUCUCACACAAGCCUCUCUGGAGUGCUCUCCGUCUUCUCCAUAGUUUGAUGGAUCAGGCCUUUGACGACACACACACACACACACACACAUCCAGACUACCCUCCAUGGACCUGUCUCAGAUCUUCACGCCACUUCAGGUCUCUGUCCUUGAUUUCGCCAAAAACUCUCACACCGUCUCCUUCCACUGGAAACAAAUCCCUCACUGCUUCCUGUGAAUCUGACCAGUAGUUUCCACUGCAGCCACCGUUUCCAAACUUUACUUCCUUUAUGCAUCCAAAUAUUCCACAAAGAUACGAGCUCUUACCGCGGUGUGGAAAACGGUUAAACACGAAGGACACUUUUGCACCAUCGCUUCACUUCUUCCUCUUUAGGCUGAGACCUCCGGUAUAAUCAUCAUUCCUCAAACUUCCUGCCUCUCUGAUUGUGGCAUGCUAGCCUCUCCAUCCCGGCACUUCAGUGUGUUUUCCUCUCUACGAACUCUGACGUUCUACUGAGGCUGGACUUCCAUUUUCUUCCUCUUUUUCCCGGGACUGUAUUCCAACCAACACAGAAGAGAGGCACAUCCCACACGACUAUUAGUGUUUGUCGUCUCUGUCGUUGUGUGAAAUGGACCAAUAAAAAGUGUUAGCCGGCACGUAGUGAAGUGCCCAUACCUCCUCUCGCUUGUUGCCCUUUCUCCGUAGCCUUUCAGGUUGCAACUUUGGGCGUGGAACAACUGAACUGUGAAAACAGUGGAGGAAAGAUAAAGAACGGACCUGGUGGGAAAUCAGGUACUUGGAUAAAGAAAAACAAGGGAAAUGAAGCAGAAAAACGGCGUAAGAAGGAAAUCCUCUGUGCUCUGAAAAGCUUGGGGGUUGUAGGUAAACUCAUUUGACAAAUCGAGAGAAAAGGAUGAACCAGGAAACACUCUUUUUUCACUCUAAUGAGGAGCGGAAAAGAAGAAAAGACAUGAAAGUUGACAAAAGAAGAGCCGUUUUUCCAUUCCCCGUCUCUUAACACUUUUGUCUGCUUUCCAUCCCGAUGCUUGAACCUAUUUUUGGAAGAGUUGUACUCAAACGGUGUAGAAGUGCUGUGAGCAAAGACUUGUCAUGCAAAAGUGUUAUCUGUCACUCGUAUCUGGAACAAACACCAUUACUGUGUGGUGAGAAACUACAACCUCUGCUGUGUGUGUGGAAAAUGGCCACUCAUUGUUGAUGUUCUAGGCAUCUUAGAAGCACUGCGCCUGUAAUGGAAGUGUAAAUCGGACCUUCAUCUUCACCACUAAAUGUCUGUCGGUGUAAAUACGUUAUAAAACCUGUAGCCGGUAUAAUGACCUUUCAAUGUCAGCCACCUAUUUCAGCUUACCAGAGAGAUGUGUAUCAAGAGAUCUUAUCUGCUGAUGUAGCAUGAGCCGUUGUCACAGUAACAACAUCCUUUCGUUUCCUGGAUGGGAGCGUAGAGCAGCUUCUGCAUUUAGAGGAGAUGGAAAAAACACGGGUCGGCGUCAGAUUUUAAUCUGCGCUUUUGUUUAGAUGGCGGCUGCAGCUUCAUGCUCUGAAGAGAAGAGAGCGAAUGGUAUCGAUCCAAGACGUAAACAGUUGGCCUUCCAAGAUUUUUAAUCCUCAAGGAGUGUGUGCAUGUGUGUGCUGACAGUUACAUGGAAGGGGAGUUGUUUGGGCUAAAACAUGAGGGGUUAUUUCACACUUGGUGGGAGAUGCCAUGUUUGUGUCCCUCUGUGUUACGAGCAGGAAGGGAAGGGACGAAGCUGCUGUUUGGAUUGGAAUUUCUCAGUUUCUUGAUGUCAAGUCGGAAAACAUUUAAAAAAAAACUGACUGGAAGGAGAUUGAAAUCAGUUUUUGUGUGUGCAGAAACCCACUUGACAGGAGAUUCUGACAGUAUGACUAAAUGUUUUCAACAGAUUCUGGGAUUAAAGUGGCAAUAAAAAUUUCUGACGUUAGGUGAAUCCCUACUGUAGCAUCUGGAAUUUAAACAUACUUAUCAUGCAGGGACUGUUCACGUAAUUCUGCUAACGGCUAGUCUGAGCACAGCCGAGACCAGAAUGCAUUGCUGCUGCAUUCAAAUGGGUCCAUUAAAGAAAACCGUAUUUCAUCACUAUGUUAUUUUAUUUUUAUAUCAGCACCAACUGUGAUAUUAGUUAUGUAGUUAUUUACUAGCAUAAAUAUCACCAUCUGCAAAAGUAGCUCUUUCAGUUUAUCCCAGGCUCAAAUCCAGGAGAAUUCCUCCAAAAGAAAGCUCUGUAACGUUGUAAUGAAUUGUAAAUUAACUUGUGAUUAGAGUUAAGAAGGCAAUAAAACACCUUGAUCAUGACUGAGCUCAGACUAGCACUUAGCUCAUCAAUCAAUCAAUCAAUCAAUCAAUCAAAUCAAUCAAAGAUACUUUAUUAAUCCCAGAUGCACGUAAACCACGGGUGUCCAAAUUUUCUAACAAGAACCAAAAACAUCAAGUUUGUAGGUCACAAAAAAGUAAUUAAAAAAGAGUUUACUUAUAUUUUUUCUUUUAUGUUUACUACUAAAAUGGUCAUUAAAUAAGUUUAAAUCUGAAUAUAAAAUGUAAAAUGUUUGGAUCUACUUUGACAGUCUGCUGGGGAGAUAAAAUGUCCCUGUUUUAGAAACGCACUUGGGGAGCCGCACUAAAUCACUUGGAAGGCCACAAAUGGCCCCAGGGCCACACUUUGGAUAUGCCUGGCUUAAUUAAACUGUUUUAACUCUUUAAAUCACCUCAUCUGAGAAUAGGUGUCACAAAAUGUGCCGUGUAGUCUCUAAUAAGCUAACUAUCAAUGCUUAUAUCCGCAAUAUGCUAACGAUUAUUUCCUUAUUCUGUUUUGUUUAAUAGCUAAUGAUUAGUUACUGACUGGAAGUUUGUUACAUAUGAAGUCUAAAAGCAACAAAUCAGAGAUUAGUUUAUCAAUUGUUUAAUUUCUAGUUUAACAAAAUAGAAAUUUCAAUAUACCACACAAGAAUUAUUAGCUUAACAGAUUAUUAGCCUAGGAGUUUUUUUUCCUUCAUUUACAAGUUAAUAGUGCCCUUUUCCCUUUAGAGACACCAACUGGCCUAAUCCCAAUUCUCGUACGUCGCCCUACGGGCUUCUGUGAAGUGCACAAGUACACAAGUGUGGUCAAUUGGGACAGGACCAUUGCAUCAUUGACUGCAACGCAUACUGGUCGCUGUUUGUGCAACUUUUGAAAAAAUCUUUAUUAACAACUUUCAAACAAACAAUUAUUUGACAAAAUGUACAUUAAUUACUGGCCAAAUUAAACCUUAAUCUAAACAUCCAUAUCGUUUAUUGUCCUAAAAUAAACUUCAUUUGAAAGUAAAGGAGACUUGAACCAUUGCUCUGGCUUCUUCUCAAAACUCCCACACAGCAAUGAAUCGUGGGUAAUACUCUUGCCUGAAGUCCGCAUUGAUGCGGACUUGGGCGAAGUGUGUAUCAACGGUGCAAAGGGGGCAUGGCCACCUUCCGGAUUUAAGGAUCGGUACACCCUACGCACUCACACCCCUGGACGGGAACGGGCAGUUCAUGGGCGCAGGGGUGGAAGUGAAAGUAUUGGGAUUGGGCCACCGUUAGGAUGACAAGUGCAGGAUGUAGUACUUCACUACUAGUGCCAAAUAACAUAUUUCUGUAUGGGGAAAAUAAUCUGCCUGACAGAAUUAGAAACUUUUAAUAGCCGACAAGUCACAGAUGGUCCUGAAUAAACCAUCUAAUGGCCUGGCGCUAUGUAUUAUCAAUCUAGUCAUGUAGAAGCUCCUUUCCUCCCGGAACUACAACUGUUGUAGAGUCAAUCAGAACUAAAAGCUUGAGAUUGCCACUUUAACCUCAUAUUGAAGUAAUUGUGCCAAAAGGGUAAAGCGUGAAAAAGAAGCGAGGUAACAGCUUAGCUCAGCGUAAAGCCUAGAAAUGGGAUGAGAAGCAACAAGCAUUGGGUAAUUAUGUCAAUUGCACUUUAUUCUACUGUUUUUAAUUUUUUCACGUAAGGUCAGCAGCUGGGAAAUCCACUUAGACGCACAGCUAAAGAUCUAUGAUCCUUUCAGAGAAUAACAAACCUGAAUAUGUGCUGACUUGACACACAAGGCCAAUGUUUCCCUUCUGACAGUAAGCCGACAACUGUUGGUGUUACUGAUGUAUUUAUGUGGAUUUUUGUUUUGGUUGGUCAGUGAAUGUGUACCUGGACAUGAUUAAAAUCUGUGAACUUGGAGCCUCUAAAAGAUGAUUUUUAAGUGAAGUGGCUCUUAAACCCCGCCUUUCCACGAAGCAUACGCUGCUAAUGACCGCUGUUAAAGUCUGUGGGAGUGUUUCCACCGGCCAAGAAAUGUCUUCUAAAUUUUUAGAUUGAGCCAGACAGGAAGUGAAAGAUAGAAUCAGUAUAAAGCAACUUUCAAAUUAAAAGGCACGUGCAGAUUUCCUUGUGUUUACCUAGUAAAAAAAAAAAAAAACUUAUGUGAUGCGUCCAAAAGCGGAGCAGAAAAUAAACCACAGACCUUUUGGUUACAUGCCACCCUUUUUCUCAUGGUCUUACAAUUCCCGGGAUUUCAUGACCUUUCGGGACCAGCUGCGUGGAACACUUCCACUUCUGGUUCACGUCUAAAAUGUUCCCAGUGGAAACACGUCUGUUACAUUACACUCCGCUUACGCCUACUGCGGGCAAUCCUGGUCCUCGAGGGCCACUAUCCCACAUGUUUUACUGUUUUCCCUGUUUCAACACACCUGAUUUCAAUCAGCAGGAGAUUAGCUGGCUUCUGCAGCUUGAUGAGCUGCAGAAUCAACUGUGUUGGAACUGGGAAAUAACAAAAAGAUGGAGGAUACCGGCCCUCGAGGACUGGAGUUGCCCACCCCUGGCUUACGCAUUUGAUGGAAAGCCCAGGUAAGUCACCUCGAGUUAAAUUUAGUUUGUGAAAUGUACAGAAGCCUCAAAGGUAAAGGGAAUCAUUUAAUUGUAUCUUUAAAAACAAUAAUUUUUAUUCUUUUCAGUUUUUUUUGCUUUUUUUAUAUCUGAAGGGCAACUGCAAACAUUUUUUUUGUUAUAUUUUACCAUUUAUUACUUGAAAAAAGACUUAAAACGUUUUUUUCCCAACGUGUUUGUGAGACAGGAAAAAAAGAAAAUGUAGGAAAAUGAAAAAAAAAAUCUUUCUUUGCCUUUUGGGGCUUCCAUAAGUUUUCUUUCUCCCAAAGAGAAAUUUCUUUUAAUGAUUUUGCACAGAGAAUUGUAUUCACCAGUAUUCUUCUGCACAACACAUCUCAGUGUUGAACUUUGGUUACUUUCAUCAUGAUAUGCAGCUUCACAAUUAGCCAGGUUGUCAGCGGGACGUUAUCGAUCUUCCCCAAUACUCUGCAGAAUGUUUGUUCUCUACUAAGGGAAUAAAUUAGGGGAAUAGAUCUUCCUUCAGUAGCACAACAGGAGCUUAGUCACGGUGUUCCUGCCUCCGACAUUCAGGUCUAACCAGCUCCUGAUGUAGUUGUUGAGCCAAGGUGUCCGGGAGCUUGCCAAACUGGCUGAUUCUAUAGUCUCCUAAAACCCUCAGACAUUUGGCACCAACGCACACACACAAAACUUACGGUUACACAAAGGAGGGCCAGAACAAACCUUGUAUGUUAUUGCACAAGAUGUGACUCAGACUGGCGCACAAAUGGACCCCGUGUGACAUUUUACAAACUCACAACACAGUUUUUAAUAAAACAUCAGUCAGUUGUAGCUAUGCAUAAACACAUGUAGAUGUGUAACACCUCAAACACAAUUUAAACAACAAAAAAGUAAUGUUAUGUCUGUUUACAGCACGUUUUAGGUUGUGUUUUUUUUUGGUAUGAAGCAUGUGAAAAGCUCUGCUUCCCAUCAAUCAACAUUUAAGGUGCCUAAUGAAGGAUGUUAAUGAUGAUAUUGAUAUGUUGAUGAGUAUAUAUAAUAAAGUCAUUAAUCUUGA